UCUCCUUCCUCUUGUGGCAUAGAUCACAUACCUAGACGCAGUACAGCUAGCUACGUGUCAUGCAGCUAGCCGCGCAAGGGCUAGUUCUCUUUUUCUUGUAUAGUAGAGAUAGACUGUAGAGUCCCUAUCUAUGGCCAUGGUCCGCGACCCCACACCGACUCUCUGCUACGACGAGGCGUUCAUCGACGACGUCAUCCACACCGGCGUCGAGUACGAGAACAUGCAUCACCACCCGUGGGAGCUUCCCAUGGCUGGCAGCCCCGGCCGCAGCACCUGUACCUUCGUGCAGGACGGCGGCUGGGCGAACAUGGCUGGCGUCGUCUCCUCGUCGUCCCCAUCCUCGUCGUCCGUGGUCACCUUCGACGGCCACGGCGGCGAGGAGUACUGCGCCGCGUGGACGGACGGCUUGGACCCGCUUAUUAGCUACGACCAGGCGCCGCCGGGCCACGCUGCAGCCUCCGCCGUCGCCUCGAACAGCUUCAGCUUCCGAGGCGACAGAGACGUCACGGCCGCCGUGGCCUCACAGAAACGGCCCCGUGCGCGUGCGCCGUCAAAGGGAGGUGAGGAAGAAGCUGCUGCUGCUCCUCCUCUUCUAAAGAGGGCAGCCGCCAAGCCUAGCAAACCGCCGCCCACCUCGACGGCGCCGAAGGACCCCCAAAGCCUUGCUGCCAAGAACCGCCGGGAGAGGAUCACCGAGAGGCUGAGGGCGCUGCAGGAGCUGGUGCCCAACGGGAGCAAGGUGGACACGGUCACCAUGCUCGACAAGGCCAUCACCUACGUCAAGUUCAUGCAGCUGCAGCUCAAGGUGCUCCAGACGGACGCGUUCUGGCCGGCACCAGGUGGCGAGGCGCCAAGGAUGUCCCAGGUCAAGGAGGCGCUCGACGCCAUCCUCCUCUCGGCGCCGUUCUCGUCGCAACGAUGACUCGCCGGCCGGCCGGUUGAGCUAGCUAGGAUCAGAGCAACAUCGGCAUCGCAUCCAUGGAAUGGACAAAGGCGUCCUUGCUGCUGAGUUUGUCAUGUUCUUAUGUGCUCCUUACACAUCUUAUAUUGUUGCAUUAAUUCUUUCUCACCACGCCGUGUAACUGAUGUCACAAUCUUGUAGAUACAAGAAAAGUGGCAUGUUUCAGUCAUUUUUCUUCCAUGCCGUUCCAUGUUAGUCUAAUGGAAAAGCUUAUGGUAUUUGAGUGUUUAUUCAUUCUCCAAAUCCACACUUUUCCCCGUGUACUCCGAUCC